CCCAAAAAGAGGAAAGACUAUUGAUUCAUCUUCUCGACCUUCCCAUCUGAUUCCUUCGCUUCUGUAGAAACAAUGUCGUGAAAAAGCUAGAUCCUUUCUUUUAGGGUCUGUUUGUUUUUCUUCGAUUCGGAGGAAGAAGAAGAAGAAAUUCGGGGGGUUCGAAAUGGUUCGCGAUCGGCGAGAGGGUCUAGAGAUCAAGGUGGUGGAUCCGCCGACAAACAAUGUGUCCGUACAAACUUCUCCGGCGACUCGCCGGCGGAGGCAACGCACUUCUUUCGCUGAGUUUCGGCCGUUUAAGCUUUGGUUUCCAUGGCUGGUUCCAGCUAUCGUGGUGGCUAACAUUGCCCUCUUCGCCAUUUCGAUGUUCAUCAACAAUUGCCCUAAAAACUCGGCUAAUUGCUCAGCUAGGUUUCUUGGGAGAUUCGCAUUUCAGCCUAUGAAAGAAAAUCCUCUUCUGGGUCCAUCUUCUACGACAUUGGAGAAGAUGGGUGCUUUAGAUGUAACAAUGGUGGUUCAUAAGCAUCAGGUGUGGCGCUUGUUCACCUGUAUAUGGCUACAUGCCGGGGUUUUUCAUGUCCUUGCCAACAUGUUGAGCCUUAUCUUUAUCGGCAUUCGUCUUGAGCAAGAAUUUGGUUUUGUACGCAUUGGAUUGCUUUACAUGAUCUCUGGAUUUGGUGGAAGUUUGUUAUCUUCUCUCUUCAACCGGAAUGGUAUAUCUGUCGGUGCAUCUGGUGCAUUAUUCGGUUUGCUUGGUGCUAUGCUUUCAGAGCUGCUCACUAACUGGACUAUAUACGCAAAUAAGUUUGCAGCUCUUUUGACUCUCAUCUUCAUCAUAGCCAUUAAUUUAGCCGUAGGUAUUCUUCCACAUGUAGACAACUUUGCUCAUCUUGGAGGAUUCACUUCCGGGUUUCUUCUAGGCUUUGUUUUCUUGAUCCGUCCUCAAUAUGGAUACUUCAACCAGAGGAACAACCCUCGUGGCUACGCUGCACCGUCUGCUAAAUCCAAACACAAGCCAUACCAAUACGUUCUCUGGAUCACUUCUUUAGUGCUUUUGAUAGCAGGAUAUACCAUUGGACUCGUAGUGCUUCUUCGAGGGACGGAUUUGAACAAGCAUUGUUCAUGGUGCCAUUAUCUCAGUUGUAUCCCUACGUCGCUAUGGAGCUGUAAAUCUCAAAAUGUGUACUGUGAGUCGAGCCAGAUUGGGAAGCAGAUGAAUUUGACAUGUAUUGCUAAUGGGAGAACAGAGAUGUAUAAGCUAGCUAGCGAUAACCCGUCUCAGAUUCAGCAGUUGUGUUCCCAAUUAUGCAGCUGAUUCCACUAAACAUCUCAAUUUUUUUUCUUUUUACUCUGUAGAAAGUAGGAAUGUUCAUUUAAUUUGAUCAAUGCACUUGUGAAUCACACAAGUUGUGAUUGUUCUUUCUGAUCAUUAUCCGGUUCCACUUCUUGUUUUACUGCAUAUGUAUGACCAUAUAUAUUGAAACAUAAGUGGUGAAAGAGAAAGUUGAACAGAGUUUUUUUUUUA